GAAAAGAGCACAAACGAAAAAAACGUGCUAUAAAACUCUCUCGAAAACACUCUUCGAAAGAGAGAGACACAAAAAGGGCAGAAAUAAAAGUAGGCUGAGACUGAGAAAGGAUUCUAUUUCUUGAUUUUGAUUUGUAGUGGUGGAAACUAUAUUGGGUUUUUGUUUUUUCAGUAAAAAGUUGCAAUCUUUGAUGGUUUCUCUGGCUUCAAUUCAAGUUCUUGAAAUUUGUAAAGAUGCAGCCGGAGGUGCAGGAAACAUCUUUGCUUUUGGUCUCUUUGUAUCUCCCAUACCUACAUUCCAAAGGAUUAUAAGGAACAAAACAACUGAACAGUUUUCUGGGUUGCCGUAUAUAUAUGCUCUCUUGAACUGCUUGAUCUGUGCCUGGUAUGGCUCACCUCUGAUUUCUCUGGACAAUAUACUGGUUACCACGGUCAAUUCAGUUGGUGCAGUUUUUCAAGCAGUCUACAUAGUCCUAUUCAUAGCAUAUGCUGAAAAGGCUAAAAAGCUAAGGAUGCUUGGAUUGCUGCUAGCUGUUUGCAGUGCAUUUGCGGUUAUUGUACUUUGCAGCCUGCUUAUAGUUGAUUUUGAAGUUCGACGUAUCGCCAUUGGUUUUCUGAGUUGUGCUUCCCUUAUCUCGAUGUUUGCAUCCCCACUGUUUGUUAUAAAUCUUGUGAUCCGGACAAGGAGCGUUGAAUUCAUGCCAUUUUACCUCUCCCUUUCCACCUUUUUGAUGAGCACAUCCUUUUUUCUGUAUGGCAUCUUUAACUUUGAUCCUUUUGUAUAUGUCCCGAAUGGAAUAGGGGCUUUCUUGGGAACUGUGCAACUAGUAUUAUAUGCAUACUACAAAAGUGCAUCUGAAGAAGACACUAGAGAACCCUUACUAGAGUCUUGUUCAUAAACAUGGAACAGAUAUACAGUGAGGUAUUUCUUGAUGAUCUACACCCUGAAUAACACUUUGCAUACCUUCAAAUCUCUUGAAGAUUGAUGAAAGUUCCUAUGCAACAUUGCUUUAUGAGCUGCCUGCAACCAAUCCUAGUCACAUCCCCAUCUUAGGUGGUCUCGAGAGUCUGGGUGAAGGAUCGUUACAAAUAUAUCAACACUUCCUGGUUUGUCUGACGUUCUGGUUUUCAUGGUCUUCUUUUGCACUGAGCCUUUUUUGUUGUAAUUAUUACUACUCUAAAUGAGCAUUUCAGUAAUCUUUAUGUACAUGAUUAAGAUUGAAGCUGUUGUGUAAAUUCAUCCAUUACAAAUUUUUGAAAAAAUUCCUGUUAUCGGUGCA